GGCGCUCGGCAACCAGGCCGCCCCGGCGCUGGCUGGCGGAGAGGAUUGGUGGAGCGCGCGAGGGAGAGAAUGUGACAAGUGCCCGCUUCGGCGGCCGCCCGGGGAGGCCGCGCGCACCUGUCCCUGCCUGUCUCGCGCCGCCCGCCCGCCCGUCCGCCCGUCCGCCCGCCCGCGGCCGCUCGGACGCGCGCACAGCCCCCCGCCGCUGCCCGCCGCCGCCGCCGCCGCCACCGCCGCGUGCGCUGAGAACAUGACUUCUGCCUUCAAGCUGGAUUUCCUCCCGGACAUGAUGGUCGAGGGCCGCCUGCUCGUGGCUGACAGAAUACUUUUGGAUCUUGUUUCUUCUCAACCACAUUCUUUAUUUGGAUCGAAUCACUAUUUACCAAGUAACGGCACAGCCAACAAGAUGAACGGAGCUUUGGAUCAUUCAGACCAACCAGACCCAGAUGCCAUUAAGAUGUUUGUCGGACAGAUCCCUAGAUCCUGGUCAGAAAAGGAGCUGAAAGAACUUUUUGAGCCUUAUGGAGCUGUCUACCAGAUCAACGUCCUCCGGGACCGGAGUCAGAACCCUCCCCAGAGUAAAGGUUGUUGUUUCGUAACAUUUUAUACAAGAAAAGCUGCACUUGAGGCCCAGAAUGCACUGCACAAUAUUAAAACUUUACCCGGGAUGCAUCAUCCCAUUCAGAUGAAACCUGCAGAUAGUGAAAAGUCAAACGCUGUGGAAGAUCGAAAAUUGUUCAUAGGAAUGGUUUCGAAGAAAUGUAAUGAGAAUGAUAUCAGAGUGAUGUUUUCUCCAUUUGGCCAAAUAGAAGAAUGCCGAAUUCUCCGGGGACCCGACGGGCUGAGUCGAGGCUGUGCGUUUGUCACAUUUUCUACAAGGGCAAUGGCACAGAAUGCAAUCAAAGCCAUGCAUCAGUCUCAGACCAUGGAGGGUUGCUCUUCACCUAUCGUGGUGAAGUUUGCUGACACUCAGAAGGACAAAGAGCAAAGACGCCUCCAGCAGCAGCUUGCACAGCAGAUGCAACAGCUCAACACUGCCACUUGGGGGAACCUGACAGGGCUGGGCGGACUUACCCCACAGUACCUGGCGCUUCUGCAGCAGGCCACCUCCUCCAGCAACCUGGGUGCAUUCAGCGGCAUUCAGCAGAUGGCUGGCAUGAAUGCUUUACAAUUACAGAAUCUGGCAACACUGGCUGCUGCUGCAGCUGCCGCCCAAACCUCAGCCACCAGCACCAAUGCAAACCCUCUCUCUACCACAAGCAGUGCCCUGGGAGCCCUCACAAGUCCCGUGGCUGCUUCAACCCCCAAUUCUACUGCUGGUGCAGCCAUGAAUUCCUUGACCUCUCUUGGAACUCUCCAAGGAUUGGCUGGAGCCACUGUCGGAUUGAAUAAUAUUAAUGCACUAGCAGUUGCUCAAAUGCUCUCAGGUAUGGCGGCUCUGAAUGGAGGACUUGGCGCCACAGGCUUGACGAAUGGCACGGCUGGCACCAUGGACGCCCUCACCCAGGCCUACUCAGGAAUUCAGCAGUACGCGGCAGCUGCACUGCCCACUUUGUACAGCCAGAGCUUGCUGCAACAGCAAAGUGCUGCAGGCAGCCAGAAGGAAGGUCCAGAGGGGGCAAACCUCUUUAUUUACCACCUUCCACAGGAGUUUGGAGACCAGGACAUUCUGCAGAUGUUCAUGCCCUUUGGAAAUGUUAUCUCUGCUAAAGUCUUCAUUGACAAACAGACCAAUCUGAGCAAGUGCUUUGGUUUUGUUAGCUAUGACAAUCCAGUCUCUGCGCAAGCUGCAAUCCAGGCUAUGAACGGCUUUCAGAUCGGCAUGAAACGCUUGAAGGUGCAGCUGAAGCGCUCCAAAAAUGACAGCAAACCUUACUGAUCCUAACCCCAGAAGCUCCCUGCUCUUAUUUUAUCUUUCUUAGGGUAAGUCCCACAAGCCAGCCUGUUCUCAACAGGGAAGGCAGAGGAGGGACCACAAUGCCAACUUUUGCCAAGAGAGACGGUUAUUUUUACAAUAAGGCCUCCAUUCCUUCCACUCAUGCCCCACCCAAUUUGCCAUAAUUAAAACUUGGGCUACCUUGUUUCUGUUGAGUAAAUUCCUUCUCUAAUUGUGCCACUGUAUUCUCCUUUGUUUUGCAAUUUGAAUAUCCUUACUCCUUUUUAAAUUUUUUGUUUUGCUUUUUAAAAGAAAAACAUAUAAACAAAUAAAUGACAUCUUGAGAUUUUAAAAGGCAAGCAAACACUAAUGUGCAAUUCUAACUCUGAAACCACUGGUGCCCCAAGAGCACUGCCUGGAGAGCUCACCCCUCCUUGCCCGCCCGCCCCUCAGAGGCCCCGCGGUUGAGUUAACGUGGUGGCCUAGCAGAGGGAGAAGCCAGGAGAAGCACUUAAACCACCACAGAACAUCCUCCCACUACAUUGGUUUGUUUUAAUAUAAGUAGGAUUUUAUUUUAGGGUUCAAAGAAACAUGACAUUUAUUGGUCAGAUUAUUACACUGGUUGUCUAUUUUGUUAUUGUUUUAUUUUUGUUUUUAGAAAGGAUUAAUGUAAAAAAAGAUUUAGAGAUCUGUUUCUUAAAGCUACAGGGUUUAAAAAUAAAAUAAAAAUGAGUGAAAAUACUUGAUGUUUCUUGAAAGAUAAAUUUAAUAAUAAAUAAAUACAUAAAUAAUACAUAAAUAAAAAAGAAAGCCACAGGCCUGUAAAUUUUAUUUGUAAAAAAAGCAUUUCUAUUUUUAUACAAAAUUUUUACUGCCUCAGAAAUAAUGGAAGUUAUUUAUUGCCUAUUGUUAACUUAUUGGGUACCUAAAGAGCAGUUCUCUGUCCAGCUAGCGCCUCCUGAAGUAGUCUCUAGAGGAAUUGUUCUAGGAACGGGCUUUGUCUCACUGUUGAACCCUAGACCUAAAGUUCAUGCUUUAUCCUCUCGUUGUUUGUUAUCUGUCUGAUUAUUUUGUUCGUAAUUUCCAUUAUCUAGUUUACAGUUCAGUUGUCUUGACUUCCCCAUGUCACCUUUGUUCAGACUGGACCCUCUCCUCUGUCCCUUGCUAGUCCCUCACCCCAAACACCCAGAAUCCAUCCCCUCUCACUCUCUCCAGAUGGAUUCUCUUGGGGUUUCAUUGUGCUGUGGAAAAAGAGUGUAAGAAAUGCAAAUUAUGUGACUGGCUCAUAGACUCCCUGAAGACCUCAGAUUUGCAUUAGUUUUUCUCCUGCACCCUUGAAAGUGAUUUUGUUGCUGCUGCGUAGAUUCUGUGUAACUUUUUACUCUUCCUUGUUUUUUCCCUAGACAUCUUCAUGCCCGUUAGUUCACCGUUUGCCUAGCAUGUCCCUGUGGCGUCUCAAAAAGUUCCAUCGUCCCGUCAUUGUUUCUGAUGUCUUUCUGACCUCACAUCAUAUUUGGUUCUCCUACUGACCUUUGAUCUAGUUUGACCUUUGAAAUUUGCAUGUGACCUCAUCUAGCUAUGAAUUCUGGGAAGUCAAUGUGAAAAACAUUGCUGCAUUCAUGCAAGACUGAAAUUAUUAGACAAAUUAUAGAAAAAAACCUGUGGCAAAAAUGUUUUUUUUCUUAUUUUUUUUUUCAUAAAACAGACUUGAAAGUAUUACACAGGGAUUGGCAUUCUUCCCGGUCACUGGUGACAAUAGCAAUAUGUGUCCAGGGACACAGAAUGUUGGUUUCUAACAGACUACUUCCAAAAACAGUUUGAGAAAAAAAAAAACUGUCUGAUUUUAAGUCUCUAGAGGUCUGUAAUAGUUUUUACAUUUUUCAGGCAGUGUAAAGUUUUUGAUAAGGCCAUUUUAGGUGGCUCACUUUCUCAUUAAGAUAUAUAUAUAGAACCACUUUUUGUAGAUUAGUAUAAGAAAAAUAUUUACCCUGUUUUGGGGCAAAUGCUACCUAUUUGUGUCACCUUUUGCUGAACUGACUCACAGUUAGACAAUCCGUGGUUUAAUGCACAUGAAAUUACCUAUAUUUUCUACUGUUUCAAUGUACAGGAGAAAGGUUACUGUAACUGUGUCAUGUUGGUGCUUCUGUGGAUUCAGUUGUGGUCUCAUCAUGAGUCUCAAGGUCUUAAUGUUAUUUGUUGAUAAGACAAGCUUAGAAUUGGUUUACUUAAAACAAAACAAAAAAAGAAUUAAAAAAAAGUUGUUUGCUUAAAAAAAAUAAUUUCAUGUGAGAGAAAAAAAAAACUAUUCCAGAAUAAGUUUUGUGUUGGCUUGAGAAGCAUUGAUGUCACUUUUUUUAUUGUGGACUAUUAGAUGUGUUUGUGUUCAGCAAAAUGUGAUCUGUUUUGUUUUUUCUUUUAAAGAAAAAAGUGAAAACUAUAUAGUGCCAAAUUCCAAAGGUACUUCCUCCCUAGAGCUUCGGUGUGUUUCUUGUGAGAAGUAAUUUGAUAACAUGGGUAUUUUAUUAUGUGUUUUGUAUAAAUCCCUAAUAUUUAAAAAAAAAAGGUUACAAAGUUUGUUAACUUGCUAUUCUGUGGUCUUGUUGCCUGAAAUUGUUAUUGUUUGUUAUUUCUCUAUGCUGUUUUUUGUAAGACAUUGUAUAAGUGCCCAUGUCUCACUUUUUUAACCACUCUGCACAUCAAUGCUGUGAAGGCAGCCCUCACAAUGUAUUUUCUUCAUAAUAUCUGCAAACCUCUAAGGUGAGAAAGUCUUGAACUUUUAACCCUUUCUACCCAGAGCUAUCUGGAGUGUUGGUAACUUUUUAUACUGUCAUCCUUGGGUUGUUUGGGGGUGUUUCUGAUUUGGAUUUUUCCUUCUAUAUAUCUUCUAAGUUCUUAUUUUUGUUUUUUAAGACCCCCCUCCCACCCAAAAACUCUUGUCUUUUUCCUAUACCAUUUUUUUUAUUUUCUUUUUUAUUCCCCUUCCUUCCUAUUAUCCUAUGCUCCUUUAGUUUCAAUUUAAAAGAUUGAGUUAAACCCUGUGAAGGUAAAAACAGGUAGACUUAGUCCCAACCUAAGCCCUCAAAACAUUGUUUGCUUUUUGAGAUCAGACUUCAUGGUAUGUCCAAGUAUACAAUAUUUCCAUACACCCUGCAGUUAAAUGGCUUUUGUAUGGUCCAGUCUUGCAAGGAAUUUUGCUUUCGUUUCUUAAACACUCCUAAGUAAUGCUGAAUCAGCCAUUGUGCUAGGGAUUCUUGGACUCCAGUGGACACUUGAAUAAGCGAGGUGUCCAUGGGAAAAGCCCACAGGCCUUUCCUUGCCUCUCUGGUUUUCUAGGGUGUUUUGACUUUUAAUUGAACACAUUUAAAGGGGCUGACCAUGUAAGAGGAGCUCAACUCUGUUCUUCACCAUAGUUACUAACCAAAUACCCAGGACCAGGUCCUGCUGCCACUUUUUAAAGUGCCGUAUUCGCUGAGUCUGGCUUUGUAUGAACAGAAGUCUUGUUCUGACAGACCCUAAUGUCAUACCUACAGUCCCAGCCCACACCCAGCCUCGGGGGAAACAUACCCUCCCAGCUUCUGGUCUCAGCCCCCUUUUCCUCACUCACCCCAUGGGUUAGUGUGCGCGUGAAUGUGAUAGCCCUGAGUCGGAAAGGAUUAGCCUCUCACAAUGCAAAAAACAAGUUUCCUCCUACAGCACGUGCACUUCCCCACACCUGUUUACUACUGCCGGGGCCUUCCUUCAUCCUUGAGGGCUAUUUUGUACUUUCUGCAGCACUCAGCUCAAUAACAAAGUGGUCACACACAUUUCUCAGUCUCUACUAUAUGGUGGUGUGUAGAUACACGUGUAGAAACACAAGAGAAUACCAGUUGUACUUCAUAGACCGUCUCAUUCAGAAUCUAUUCAUCUAUCAAUGGCAUAAAUCUCAAAAAAAAUCAGAUUUUUUUCCCCAUGGAUGCAAACUGCCCUCCUUCCUCUUAACCCACCUGCAGUCCCCCGCAGAGGCUCGGGCCAGGCAGGCGCUUUCUGUUGCGUGUUUCUAAUUUUGCAGGCAACCAAGACAGUACAUUGAGGGGGAGGUUUUUGGUUUUGCAUGUUUCAUUGUAAGAAAGAUAACCUUCCUCAGAGACAAACUGUCCUUUAUCUUUCAAUGUCAAAAGAAAAAAGCUGCAAGGGUGUACAGGGCCUGUUUCUGGAAGACAAAACACAGGGAAGCUGCGUUUUUAAGAAUCAAGUGUAGAACAUAGUCUUUCAAACUCACUCAGAGAACUCUGAUCAGAGCGCACCUCCAAGGUGUAACAAGUUCGUCUUUCUUUCACCGCAGGGGUUCUAGUUCUUUGGCUUGUGCUACUCUGGAAUCAUUUACUGUUUCUGUUUUUAUUAUCUUAAGUGCUAAUUAAAAAAAUAAAAUUUUAAAAAAAUGUAGUUUCAUUACCUUUUGAAUAAUGUCAUACAAAAAAUGUAUUUGUGUUUUUUGUGCUGUGGGAAUUGUUGUUUGUAGAUUAAUAAUACCAUUUUGUUUAGAAUUACAAAGUAGUUUUUAAAUAUUGUCUGAGAAAAGCCAAAGUUAAUGCAACCUAGUGGAAACUGUAAGACCAUUUGAGUAUUGUUUCUGUUUUAUUGAUGCAUUUGGAUUUUGUUGUUUGAUGGAAUUUGAGCCAAAAAACAAAAACGCAGGCUUUCCUAUUUCUACACCUGAUUGUACUUAUGCAUUUUGUACCAGUGGGAUUUUUUAUACUGGAGAUUAAAAAAAUGGAAAUUUUUGUGGCUUACUCUUGUGGGCCCCUGACAAUGACUGAUUUCAAGUUUGAUUUCUGGUUGAUAGAAAGAAAGUUGCUUUUCUUUUAAGAAUUAAAAACUUUGGCUUGAUUUCUUUUUUCCCUUUGCUUAUAUCUAGCAUUAGAAUUUUGUCUUAAAAUACAGCGGUAAGUUUCACUUUUUAUUCUGUAUUGUGCAGUUACACAAUAAGAUAAUUAGACUUAGAAGUACUCAGUCACUUUAAGUGGAUAAAUGUAUUAGUUAAACUUUAGGAGUUUGCUUUUUUGCUGUUUAGAUCGAGGUUUUUUCUGACCCUUCUGUCCUCAUUGUGAACAUAACCGUGUAGUUGAAACAGUCAGACUUAUUUUUGUAAUGUAUGUUACUGUGUGAUGCGGUUUUUUGCUUCUGUCUCCAAUAUUAAACCAUUUUCCUAAUAAUUGUUUCUCUCUCUGCGUGUUGUAUUGUUGGUGGUCAUUCUGUGUUGGUGACGCAUCUACACACCUCACCGUUGCACGUAUGUUUUUUUCUAUAUGUUGUGUAAAAAGAUACAGUCGAUUCCACCUAAGUGAAUAUCUGAUUUGGGAGACGAGGAAACUGCGCAUCCCACCCCUGGUUCAUGCAUAGCCUACCUAACCGCUGCUUCCAAGGUGAUUCACCAUUUCCCAGUGAUUCAUCCAAUCUGCCUACAGGGCUGGACUUGGCAAGGCCUUUAAGGUCUUUUGACCACAUGUGUUCCUUUCCCUUUGUUCCCCUCUCCCUCAUACCCACAGUUCCUCACUAAUCUUAAGAGAAGCAGAAGCAGUAGACCCAGGGUUUCUUCUGUCUAUCCUCAAGUCCAAAGUCGUAUCACUACAGUCAAACUUAGAAAGGGAUCAUCCUUACAAGAGGUGAGCCUUCGGGGAAGGACAGAAUAAAGCUAGCUGAUCAACGGGGGGUAUAAAAAGAGUUAAACUUAGCUGUCUGCUACAUCAGUUGAUAGAUGUAUAGAAAUGCAUUUCUACAUGCUAAUCAUUUUAAUCCAGGAGUAGCUUCAAUUAUUACAACUGACAGAUGUGGGAAGACUGCCACAUUCUCCAGUGAAAGCUGAAAUGAAUAAGGGAGGUGGGGGAGGGACUUCUAGAGGGGUAGCUCAUGAUGCCAUAGGUCCAUGUUCCCUCCUGGGUGGACACAGGAUAGGAACGAGCUGGGCUCCCACUGUCCUCCAGCCCCUGAUCAGAGAACAUCCCCAACUCUCCCUGCGGUGAGAGCCACAAGCCUACCUUGCUCAGGAUCUGCCUCCCCUCAAGGUGUUCCUCACAGAUACCAUGGCUGUCUACUCACCUCCCUCCUCUUCUCACUCCUCCUAACCUUUCCGUGCACACGUCAGGUCACCCUGAACCUGGUACAGCUCUGGCUGCCCACCCUCUGGUUUCAGAAGGCCCCUCAGGCCCCUGUUCUUCAGUCAGAUCAGCAACCUUGGGCCUACCAAGCAGAAGAAAGGUGGCUCUUUCCUUAGGCUGAACACCUCACCGGGAAUGAGUUUCAGAGUUCUAAACCUACACCGAUGGAAGCUGAUUUCUAGCCAUGCUUCUGCUGUCCGUCUCACUGCCUAGUCAGUCUGCCUCUGAAGGGUCACUGCUUCCAUUAGCGAGGAAAGAUGGCUGGCGGUGCGAUUGCUUUUCCUGUCUUUUCUGGAAUUAAGGGGUGGCAUAAGGGAGGAGAAACUUGGGAAAGAGGAUGAUCACAUUCUUUCCAGGGUGUGUUUCUUUUGGAAGUACAAAUAUGACCACCGUUCAGCACGAGGCAUAACAUUCACGCACAGAAAGGCAAAGUGGGUUUCCCCACAGAAGACACAGAGGCUUGUUCCUGUAAGCACGUGUGACCAUCAGGUUGGCUGCUACUUAAAUUCACACUCGGUGUUGAUUCUGUAAAAGCCCACUAUGGUAUGAGCAAGUCUGUCUAUGGCCCGCACACAGACCGCUUUGAGAAACCACAGAACCAUAUACCUUUCCUGGCCGAUGGACGCUACGUGCCUGCCAGGCCACAGCAAUGGGGUGUGAGCUGCAGGCUCAUAGCUAGCAAGCUAGGCAAUGCAGUGAACAUACGCGGACCACGAAUCGUUCCUGAUAAGUGAAUAAAACAUUGUGGCCAGACAAUCAGCUUAUUCACUUAUCAGGAAUCGACUGUUCUACUAAUUCACUGUUUCUGUUUUUCAUUUCUGUUGUAGUUCACUAUUUUUGCUGUAUUCUGUUUUUUUUUUUUUUUCCUCUCAUGCUUGGGCAAAAUCACUGAGAAUAUUACCUUCAUGUGACCAUGAACCAUUUCUAUCGAGUGAAAAUGGUAUCUUAACAAAAUCUAUGCACUUGCUAUCAGGAACACAAUACUGGAUGUGUCUUAUAUAUAUUGAACUAUAUAGUACUCGAUUUCUUAAAUAAAGCUUAAGAAAGGA